AUGGCAACCUCAGAUGUAUCUAUUAUUUAUGUCCCUGCAGAUUGCGGCUCUAUCAUCCCGGGCAAAUCCAAAGCACCUAAAGCAUUCCAAGACGUCGGAAUCGUCAGCAAACUCAAGGAAGCUGGUGUGCCGCCUGUCUUGGAAAUCGGUGCCUUGUAUUUGCCAGCGACUUACACAGCGGCAACCUUUAGCCCGGGUGGUGUACGGAACGAGGAUAUUAACAUCUCAGUCUGCGAAUCUGUCGAGCAUGCUGUUAGCGAUAGCCUUGCGCGUAAACAAGAUUUCCAACUCAUCAUUGGCGGCGAGUGUUGUAUGCUUCCGGCUAUUAUGUCCGCAUUUUGGAAACAUGCACCUCCUAAGCGCGUUGGUUUGAUUUACAUCGACGCCGAUACCGAUCUUACUUCUCCGAAGGAUCCCGAUUCCAUUGGGACUUUUGCUGGUAUGAACAUGGCGCAUCUAGUUCGGCUACCAGGUGCAUUACCACGCAUGGAGCAAUUCUCUCGUCCGUCAGGUGAACCAGUCUGUGAUUCUUCCAACACCGUCCUUUUCGGCACAAACAUGUCUCUACCAGGAAACAAACCUGAGCAUUUCCAAUACAUUUUUGACAACAACUACAAAGUUGUCAGCUCAGCAUCCGUGGCGAAAGAACCAGAACAGCGUGCAAGAGAAACAUUGGAGUAUCUCGAGAGCAAGGUGGAUAUGAUUAUGGUACACUUGGACGUUGAUUCUAUUGACCCGGGGACAUUUCCGUUGGCGAAUGUGCCGAAUUUCACAGGUGUUGAAUUUGAGCAGAUGAUGAGGGCGUUGAGAGUGCUGCUUGCAAGCGACAAAGUUGUUGGUUUGACGGUUGCAGAAGUUAAUCCUGACCAUGAUCCAGGUUUGGCUAUGGUUGAGAAGUUGGCAUCACAUAUCGCGAAUAUGCUUGGCGGUUACUCCGGCAUUGGCUUUGAGCUGUGCCGCAUGCUAUACGAAGCUGGCGGAUCAGUUUAUAUCGCAGGCAGGUCCCAAGAGAAAGGUGAACAAUCCAUCGCGCAAUUGAAAGAGCAUUGCCCUGGAUCAUCCGGGAAGCUGGCCUUCCUCAAGAUAUCCCUCGACGAUCUCGAAUCUGUCAAGUCGGCUGCGGAAGAAUUCGCAACCAAAGAAUCACGGCUUGAUGUUUUAUUCAACAACGCGGGCGUGUCUAUGCCUCCUCCAGGCUCAGUUUCGGCGCAAGGAUAUGAACUCAGCAUAGCCACGAAUGCCAUCGGGCCGUGGUACUUUACACAACUUCUCGUACCUCUUCUAACUCAAACCGCCAAGGACAAACCGCCUGCUUCAGUGCGCGUUGUCUGGACAGCAUCUAUCGUAACCGACGUCGCCCUUCCAAAGGGAGGAGUCAACAUGAAAGACGUCAUCACACCAUCUUCAGACCCUCAAGUCAACUACACAAAUUCAAAGUCCGGAAACUGGUAUCUCGCGAGCGUGUUGGCAGACCAGAUCGGAUCUCAGGGCGUUCUCAGCGUGUGCCAUAAUCCUGGGAACCUUCAAACUUCUCUUCUGCGCCAUAUGCCGUUGGUGGUUCGUUAUGCCGUCUCGGUGCUUCUUUAUCAUGCCAAGUUUGGUGCGUACACCAACCUCUGGGCAGGCCUUUCGCCAGAUCUACAGAUCGAGGAUGGAGGGAGGUUUAUUUGGCCUUGGGGUCGAUUUCAUCCUUCUCCGAGGCCAGAUUUAUUGGAGAAUCUCAAGUCGAAGGAACAAGGAGGCACGGGUACGGCUGCUGAGUUUGCAGAGUAUUGCGAUAAAGUCAUUGCGGAGCAUCGAUGA